GAUUCUAUGAUUCUAUGAUUGCUCAGAAAUAGUUAUGCUGUACAUCAAACCUGAGUAACAGGAGCACAACCACUGAUUUGUCCUUCCUGGGGAGAGAAAAGAUGAGUGUCUUACAAAAAAUACACAGAGACAUUGCAUUUAAUCCUGUUUCUUUGAAAGAUGCAUGAACAAGAGUCAAAAGGCACAAGGAGUAAAAUGCUGCUACUUUAACCCACCUUGCUGCAGCUCCAGAGAGUUCUUUCACUUCCAUUGUGUCACAGUAUGUUUGAGAUACUCCCAAGACACCAAAUUAUACCUUGCACAGCCCUUCACAGCCCCCAGUCCUGCCAUUAGAGCUCUGAAAUAAGGGAAACUGCAGAGAAACACUCAGAGCCUCGGGACCUCCGCUUCCGAAGCAGACCUGGACUUCCUCCGGCUGCUCAGGCUGCCCAGGACCGACUCCUCGCUGAAGGCCCCUUCGAAGGUGGACAGGAUGGACUGGCGAAACUUCUCCUUGAAAUCCGUCCCCACGAAGACAUACAGGAUGGGGUUGAUGCAGCUGUUGAAGAAAGCAAGGCUGGAAACCAAGGGGAUCCCUAUGAAAAGGGCCAGUUUCAUCUCAUGGCUGGAAGAGUUUUUGGAUAUCUCCAGUAAGGAGAAGACGUGAUAGGGGAAAUAACAGAGGAAAAAUGAGACUGUGACAGCAAUGAUGAUUCUGUAGGGUUUUGCAGAGCUGGCCAACUGCCUUCUUUUCAGCCUGACAGCAACGAUGCUGUAGCAGAUGAGAAUCACCAGGAAAGGGACGAGGAACCCGCACAGGAAGCGCGUUACGAUCAUGGCUUUGUGCCGCACCCUCCACAGCCUCUGUGUUGCCUCGGACGAGUAGUCGUCAGACAGUGCGAAGUUGUUAUAGCAGCUGGUGACAUUCCUGGAACUGACCACAGUGUCCCGAAAGACCAGGUAAGGGGAGCUGAGAAGCAGAGCCAGGACCCACGUUCCCAGUGCGAUCCUGGCCGCCAGCUCCGGGCUCCGGUGGUUGUGAGACCAGACGGGAAAGGCCACGGAGACGCAGCGGUCGAUGCUGAUGACGGUCAGGAGGAAGACGCUGGCAAACAUGUUGAGGAAGGCGAUGGUGCUGUUCAGCUUGCACAGCAGCUUCCCAAACGGCCAGUGGAAGCCCAGGGCAGUGUAGGCGAUGCUGAGGGGCAGGAAAAAGGUGAAGAUGAAGUCAGCAAUGGCCAGGUUGAGGAACCAGAUGGAGUUCACCGUCUUCUUCAUCUUGAAGCCUGUGAUCCAGAUGACAAGGCCAUUCCCCGUCACUCCCAACACACAGGCGAUGCCGUACACCACCAUGGACAGCAUGUGCAUGGUCUUCUGGAGCCCGGAGUAGUAGUCCUGGUGACUCAGCCCCAGCAGGAACAUGGCAAACUCAACACAGGGCCUCCCCACCGCUGAGCUCUGGGCCUCCCAUAACAAGAUGGUGAUGGAGCCACUUGACACCAACGACCCGGAGGUGCACAGCAUCAUCAAGAAGGAGAAGCAGCGGCAGAGGCUGGGGCUGGAGUUGAUUGCGUCGGAGAACUUUGCGAGCCGAGCGGUCCUGGAGGCCCUGGGAUCCUGCAUGAACAACAAAUACUCCGAGGGUUACCCGGGACAGAGAUACUACGGCGGGACGGAGUUCGUGGAUGAGCUGGAAAGUCUGUGCCAGAAGCGAGCCCUGGAGGCCUACCGGCUCGACCCCCAGAAGUGGGGUGUCAAUGUCCAGCCCUACUCAGGGUCACCCGCAAACUUUGCGGUGUACACGGCCCUGGUGGAGCCCCACGGCAGGAUCAUGGGGCUGGACCUGCCCGACGGAGGCCACCUCACCCACGGGUUCAUGACAGACAAGAAGAAGAUCUCUGCCACCUCUGUCUUCUUUGAGUCCAUGCCCUACAAGGUCAACCCCAAGACUGGUUACAUUGACUACGACGAGCUGGAGAAGAACGCCCGGCUCUUCCACCCCAAGCUGAUCAUAGCAGGUGUCAGCUGCUACUCCCGAAACCUGGACUACGCCCGCAUGCGGAAGAUUGCAGAUGCCAACGGCGCCUACCUGAUGGCCGACAUGGCCCACAUCAGCGGGCUGGUGGCCGCCGGCGUGGUGCCCUCGCCCUUCGACCACUGCGACGUCGUCUCCACCACCACCCACAAGACCCUGCGGGGCUGCAGGGCCGGCAUGAUCUUCUACCGCAAAGGCACCCGCAGUGUGGACCCCAAGACGGGCAAGGAGACACUCUACAACCUGGAGAGCCUCAUCAACCAGGCUGUCUUCCCGGGGCUGCAGGGAGGCCCACACAACCACGCCAUUGCAGGGAUUGCCGUGGCACUGCGCCAGGCCAUGACCCCUGAGUUCAAGGCUUACCAGCAGCAGGUGGUGGCCAAUUGCAAGGCCCUCUCAUCGGCGCUGAUGGAGAUGGGCUACGACAUUGUCACAGGGGGCUCUGACAACCACCUGAUCCUCCUGGACCUGCGCAACAGAGGCACAGACGGCGGCCGGGCCGAGCGGGUGCUGGAGAUCUGCUCCAUCGCCUGCAACAAGAACACCUGCCCCGGUGAUGUCAGUGCCCUGCGCCCCAGCGGGCUGCGGUUCGGGACACCCGCUCUCACCUCCCGCGGCUUCCGGCAGGACGAUUUCCGCAAGGUGGCUCAGUACAUCCACAGAGGGAUCGAGCUGACGCUGCGUGUGCAGAAGGACAUGAGCCCCAAGGCCACACUGAAGGAAUUCAAGGAGAAACUGGAGGAGGACAAAUACCAUGUGGAGCUGAAGGCACUGAAGGAAGAGGUGGAAGCCUUUGCAGCCACCUUCCCACUCCCAGGGCUGCCUGUCCUGUAAGGGGAGACACCUGUGCUCUGCUCCCGGAACCUCGGGAGGACCCAGGAUCACAACACACUCACACCUCAACACCCCAGUGCCUUCUCCCAGCACCUCCCUGCUGGAACUGCAGCAGCAGCUCAUCCUUUGCUUCUUACUCCCCCCUCCCUCCUGUGUGGGGCACAGGGACCCCCUGAGCACAGCCCCUGUAGGGACACCAGCCCUUCACCACUCAGUGUCACCACUGGGACCGAGCACCAGGUGCCACCCAGCUCCCGCUGCCUGUGGGAGCAGCACAUGAGGCCAGUCUGUCCACAUUCCCUGGACACACUGCCCACAGCAGCCGGAGGGAUGGAGGGUCCAGCUGCACAAGAGAACUCACAGCCACUAAAAGCCCCCCUGGUUUCAGCCUCAAGGAUUCCCCUUCAUCCUAUGUGCCUUCCCACCUCUUCUGCAGGCUCUGACAAGGCCAGGCCUUGUCCCUAACAUCCCUCCUGGGAUUACCCUCCCAUCCUAGCCAGAGCCUCUGGUAUUUUUCUCAGACCUCUGAGCACAAAGCUUAGGUUGAACCAUUUUUUAAUAAGCACGGUAAAAUUAAGAAUUUAACCACAAUGUAUGACAAGAAUUAUAAGCUUUAAAAAAUACGACCGAUUUUUUUUUUUUUUUUGUAUUUCAAAAAUAUCUGAAC